UGUCGUAUCGCGCCGAGCAGGAAGACAACAUUAAGUUGACAAUGGCAGAAGUAGCUCCAGCUCCCGCCGCCGCCGCCGCCGCCGCCGCCCCGGCUAAAGCAGCCAAGAAGAAGGUUUCCAAACCGAAGAAGGCCGGCCCCAGCGUCAGCGAGCUCAUCCUGAAAACUGUGGCCGCAUCCAAGGAGCGCAGCGGCGUGUCUGCGGCCGCCCUCAAGAAGGCUCUGGCUGCCGGAGGCUACGAUGUGGAGAAGAACAAGGCCCGCGUCAAGACCGCCAUCAAGGGCCUGGUGGCCAAAGGGACUCUGGUCCAGACCAAGGGGACCGGGGCCUCCGGAUCCUUCAAGAUGAGCAAGAAGACGGCCGAGCCCGCAGCCAAGAAGAAGAAGCCGGCAGCAGCAGUCAAGAAAGCCUCCGCUCCUAAAGCCAAGAAGCCCGCAGCAGCAGCAGCAGCAGCAGGAGCAGGAGCCAAGAAAGGCAAAGCAGCAGCGGCCAAAAAGCCCAAAGCAGCGGCCGCCAAGAAGCCCGCAGCCGCUAAGAAGUCCCCGAAGAAGGCCAAGAAACCCGCGGCGGCGGCGGCGGCAGCCAAGAAAGCCGUGGCCAAGAGCCCCAAGAAGGCCACCAAGAGCCCCAAGAAGGCCCAAGAGCCCACCAAGAGCCCCAAGAAGGUGGUGAAGAAAGCUCCUGCAGCCAAGAAAGCCCCCGCAAAGAAGGCUGCAAAGCCCAAAGCCAAGAAGGCAGCACCCAAGAAGAAGUGAGCUGUCAGCAGUCUGAUUGUGUCCGACUAAAGGCUCUUUUAAGAGCCACCCACACUCACCUUAAAGAGCAAGGUCCUGGUUAUUAUUGUUACUGUUGUUAUUAUCUCCAGAUGUUAGGAGGUUUUCUAUUGUUACAAUGUAACCUGAUUUGAGGCUGUCUGUCAACACUGAUGAAGACAUAUAAAAGGUAAAAUGUAUCAUAAUGUAUUAUAGAAAACAAAUAUCUGAGGAGAGCCAGUCAGCUAAUUUAUAUUUUUCACUCUUUUAUAUUUGAGGAUUUUUCUUGUAUAGUGAUUGUAUGAAACAAAAUAUUAGAGCUGUUGUGUCUUGGAGUUGUUAUGUAACAACAAAGAAAUGUCCAAUGAUGAACUACAAUGAUGAUGAGACACAACAGCAUCUUUUAAAGGAUUGUUACAGAGCUCAGGAAGUCAGCCACAGAUUGAAGGAGUUUGGACUAAACUAUGAUCCCUGUUGGAAGUCUGUGAUGUUUGUAACCAUUAACAGAAACAAUAAACCAUCUGACCACAUUGAA